GCCAGUGUAGGUGGAGCCUUUCUGUUGGUGCCAUGGCGGCGGCGGUACUGCGGGUGAAGCGGAAACGUGGCGAGGAGCCAGCCGAGGCCCUUCUCCUCGCUUGUAAACGGCUGCGGACUGGCGGAGAAUCUGGGGAGCCGGGCCCUGGGGAACAUGUUGUGCGGACUCUCUUCAAGCUAGCGGCCACUGUUGGUGCUCGGGAUGACCCUGUUCAGAGGCAUGUGAGAGAAACCAUCUCCAAAGACAAGGCCUUGCUGGCCCUUAAACCCUCUGAGACCAGUGUCCAACGUAUCCAACUCUAUGCCCGAGCAUCUAGACAGACAGCCAGUCAGGAGAAUCGGUACAAAGUCAUUGCUAGCCACAGAAGAAAUUUUUCUACAGAAGCCUCUGAACCUCAAUCAGGUGACGUGAAGCAUGUACACCAGACUGGAACAAAAACUUCUGGAGCUCAGUGUGAACAAAACCGGGAUAGCUGGAAGAAGGCCUACACAGCUUCUGGAAGUAACAAAGAUGGUGUUGGGCCUGCAGCUGAAAUCCAAGUGUUUGAUAUUGUCCAGCAUGAUGAACAACUUGAAAAGGAUGAAGAAGGCUCAAGGCAUAAUGGUUCUAAGGACUCUGGUCCAGGGCAGAAUGACCCUCAGGAAAUUCUGUGUAAUUCUGUACGAAUGAUCCGGGAGAAACUUACUGUGUCAGAUUCUGGUCCAGGGGCAGAACAUCGGGAGAAUAUGGAGGAGUACGUUUAUGACAUAUAUUGUACUGACAGCUACUUUACUGGAGGUGGAAUCCAAGAUAUUCUCUCGGUCGUACCAUGUCAUGAAGAGAAUGAACUGGUUGGCGAUGAAGUGAUUGCAGAUGAAGCAUAUGAGGAUGAAGAUGAUGAAAAUGAAGAAAAUAAUUGGCGGAAUGAUUACCCAGAUGAGGAUUCAUUUGAAAAAUACUGGAAUAGUGAAGAGGAUUCGGAGGAGGAAGAUGGUAACCACAGGCUAUAUACCAAAGAUGAUGACUGAUUAAUUUCCAUGGCAGUGACAUUAUAUUUGUAUAAAUCAUCUUAACAUAUGAAUGGUGAAAAGCUCCAUUCAUUUCAUUGAAAAUAUUACUGAUGCAUUACAAGUGAAAAUGGCUGUUUUGUCACAAUUAUAUGUUUCUUUUGUAAGUAUCUUGCACCUCAAGUGGAAGUAUGAUUGGCUAUUGUGAAUGUUAAUAAUUGAAGUAGAGAAGGUGAAACCAGUGCCUGGAAUUUCCAUGUGUGUUCUUUGGAUCUCCUGUUGGAACAUCGGUGGAAGAUUGAGGGAGCCUAAAGAAACAACCAUUUAUUCUAUUCUACAGAGGUUUCCAUCAAUAUUAGAGAUUGGCGCCCAGUUGUUUACAUCCUCACUUGAAAGCACUGAUUCUGCUGAGAUACAGUUCUAGAGAUACAGUGUGGUUAGUCCUGCAAUACCUUGCCUAUGUGGUAACUCUUUGUGUGUGAGCAUAGACAUUAAAUUCAACCAUGUCGUUAAA